AUGGCUCAGGUAGCUCAAUUAGGUAAAUUGCCUCGUCAAAUCCUUCUGGCAUUCCGAGUCCUUCCAUCCGACAGGAAAAUAUUUUCCCGACAACUGGAAAAAAUUUUCCCGACAACUGGAAAAAAUUUUCCCGACAACUGGAAAAAUUUUUCCUUCCGACAGGAAGAACUCUUCCAGUUGUCCGUCCGUAAACCAUUCAAAUUUUCGAAAAUUGAGAACUUUUUGGUCGAACUUCAGAAAAAGUUCUUCCUUCCGACAGGAAAAAUUUUUCCUUCCGACAGGAAAAAAUUUUCCCGACAACUGGAAAAUAUUUUCCAUCCGACAGGACACAAACGGAUGACUGACGUUCCUCUUCCUGAAUGCCUUCCAAAGCCAGAAGAACCGACAGCCCCAGCACCACAACAGACUUACUAA